AUGGGCCGCGGCCCUCCCGCCGCUCCGGCGCUGCUGCUGCUGCUGUGGCUGCUGCUGGCGGCCGCCCGGCCCGGCGGCGCGGACAGCCCCAAGGGGAAGCAGAAGGCGCUGCGGCAGCGGGAGGUGCUGGACGCGUACAACGGUGUGUGCUUGCAAGGCCCCAGUGGCGUUCCUGGACGGGAUGGAAACCCGGGAGCCAACGGGAUCCCUGGGACACCUGGGAUCCCGGGACGGGACGGGCUGAAGGGGGAGAAGGGCGAGUGCAUGCGUGAGAGCAUCGAGGAGUCCUGGACACCCAACUUCAAGCAGUGUUCAUGGAGUGCGCUUAAUUACGGCAUCGAUCUUGGGAAGAUAGCGGAGUGCACGUUCACGAAGAUGCGCUCCAACAGUGCCCUCCGUGUUCUCUUCAGUGGAUCGCUCCGGCUGAAAUGCAAAAGUGCCUGUUGCCAGCGCUGGUACUUCACCUUCAAUGGAGCGGAAUGUGCUGGACCCCUUCCCAUUGAAGCUAUAAUAUAUUUAGAUCAAGGAAGCCCAGAGCUGAAUUCUACUAUUAAUAUACACCGAACUUCCUCAGUGGAAGGUCUGUGCGAAGGGAUCAAUGCUGGCCUGGUGGAUAUUGCCAUCUGGGUCGGGACUUGCUCGGAUUAUCCACGAGGAGAUGCUUCUACUGGAUGGAAUUCAGUCUCCCGAAUCAUCAUUGAAGAACUGCCAAAAUAGCUUCCUCUCCUCUUUUUAUAAUCUCUCCCUCUUUUUUUUUCAUUUUUGUACAAUUUUCUUUGGAAUGUUCUCUAGAGUUGGAUGCAAGUGCUCGUCUGAGAGGCACCAAACUCUUGCAUCUGUAGUCUUUGUCCAGCCUUUUUUUGCACAUUGCAGAGGCUCCUUAUAAUAAUCAUUUUAGAAUAUAAAUAUCAAACCCAAUUUUAUUACCUUUUUUAAUUCCUUGUUUGACAGGUGAAAAUAUACCAGCACCAUGUUAAGAAUUACCUGUAACGUUUUGUAUC